ACCGAGUUUGAAAUUUAAAAAUGUUGAAACGCGUAACGCAGUGGAAUGUCUAUUAAUUUCUAUUCUAUUUAAGAACAGAAAAACAAAAAUACAUCAUUUCAUUAUUAACAUUCUUUUUUGAAUUUCAUUGAAAGAGAGAGGUUUGUUAGAAACGGCCAAGUUAGUAGCCAAACCACUUUUCGUUCUUCUGUUUCAAUUCGUAGUCCUUUUUUGUUUCAUUCAAAUGGAUGCUGAAAAGAUUGAAGAAAUGAGUGUUGAAGAGGAUAAAUUCGGAGGAGUUACUCUAACCGUUCAAAGCCCUAUGGAUUCUGAUUCAUUUGCUUCUAAAUUGGAGGAUUCAAUGUCUCAAUGGAGUCAACAGGGAAAAAAGGGAAUAUGGAUCAAUUUGCCCUUACAGCAUUCAAAUCUUGUUCAUUCUGCUGUCCAGGCUGGAUUUAGGUACCAUCAUGCUGAGUCAGAUUACUUGAUGCUUGUAUAUUGGAUCCCAGAUACCCCUGAUAGCAUUCCUGCAAAUGCUUCACACCGUGUUGGCGUUGGUGCUUUUGUCGUCAAUGACAAGAGAGAGGUGCUUGUGGUUCAGGAAACCAGUGGUAAAUUUGGUGGCACAGGUGUAUGGAAGAUGCCUACUGGAGCUGUGAAUGAAGGCGAGGAUAUUUCUGAUGCUGUAAUUAGAGAAGUGAAGGAAGAGACAGGGAUAGAGACAAAGUUUGUUGAAGUUUUAGCAUUCAGGCAAAGCCAUAAAUCUUUCUUUCAGAAAUCAGACAUGUUCUUUGUUUGCAUGUUGCAACCUCAAUCCUUUGACAUUCAAAGUCAGGCCUCAGAAAUUGAAGCAACUAAGUGGAUGCCGGUUGAAGAUUAUGCAGCUCAGCCCUUUGUGCAAGAAAAUGAGCUCUUUGAUUUUAUUGCGAAAAUAUGUUUAUCAAAGUUGAAUGGCAACUACACUGGUUUUUCUAACGUAUCUACUACUACAUCUUCUGGCAAAAAAACUUAUCUGUAUCUUAACAGUGAUGCUAUUGGUAACAACUUGUUAGCUUCCAAAUAGCAAGCUUAGCAUGAAGCUUGCUUUGUUACUCUCAACGACCAUUUGCUUCGAAGUGCGCCUGAAUUUCAUGACCAUUUAUAUUCUUUACAUUCUUUGUAUAGAUAUAUCAUAUCAUGUAAAUAGGGAUACUAUCAACUAAUAUAAAUAUGAACCAAAUUGAUUUUCAA